AUUUGACUUCUAAAAAGAAGAGUAUAAUUAAAGACCUUGGUGUACCAAGGUGUUAGGACUUGGUAUUGCAGAGAGGCAGGGAAGGCUGGAGCAGGGAUGUGUCCGAGCCUCCUGGAUUCUUUGAUUUAGAAAGACGAGGGCAAAUCUCCGCGCCCAGCCUUGCUUGGCUCCCCCGCCGCCUCGGUGCCCCCGCGCCCCUUAGAUGUGGAGGGACCGCCAAGAGCCGGGCUCCGGGCUUUUUCAGAACAGCUGCUAUCCUAUGCGGGUGAAAGGAAGGGCGCCCCCGCUCCGGGCGCGGAAUCGCAGCUGGGGCUCUGGCGCAGUUGCGUAGCCGUAUUGGGUGUUGAAGGGAGGUGCCCCUAUUAUUCUCCAAUACCCCCCCUUUUAUUUGGGGAGGGGGUGUUAAGGGCCGCGGCUGAACUGGCCGCCCCAGCCGGCGAAGGAAAAAGAAUUGAAGCAGGCAAAGAAGAGAGGGGGCGCCGUAAGGGUGGGGAUGGAGAAGGAGGCUGGGAGGGGCGGUGGCGCCCGCGGGGAAAGGAGCGCGGCGAGGGUGCGAGCGAGAACGGGCGCAGCCGCUCCCGCGGCAGCGCCUCUCUCCUUCUCCUUCAGGUGGCGCAAAACUUUUCGGGGUUGGCAGAUUGUAUUCCCCACCGCCGCCUCUCCCGGCCUCUUCCCGAGGCCAGAGCCUAUUUCGAUUGCUCUGCGGCUGGGGCUGCGGCGCCGAGUCCUAGGCUUUGCGCUCUGGGCUCCUGGGGGACCGAAGUCCCGCUGGCGCUCCGCAGCUGACUCAGCCAACAGGCUGCCGCGAUGCCCCUCAACGUCAGCUUCGCCAACAGGAACUAUGACCUCGACUACGACUCAAUGCAGCCCUAUUUCUUCUGCGACGAGGAAGAGAACUUCUACCACCAACAACAGCAGAGUGAGCUGCAGCCUCCAGCGCCCAGCGAGGAUAUCUGGAAGAAAUUCGAGCUGCUGCCUACCCCACCCCUAUCGCCCAGCCGCCGCUCCGGGCUCUGCUCGCCCUCCUACGUCGCGUUCGCGUCCUUCUCCCCCAGGGAUGUUGAUGACGGCGGCGGCGGCAGCUUUUCCACCGCAGACCAGCUGGAGAUGGUCACCGAGCUGCUGGGAGGAGAUAUGGUGAACCAGAGCUUCAUCUGCGACCCGGACGACGAGACGUUUAUCAAAAACAUCAUCAUCCAGGACUGUAUGUGGAGCGGCUUCUCUGCCGCCGCCAAGCUUGUCUCCGAGAAGCUGGCCUCCUACCAGGCUGCGCGAAAAGACGGCGGCGGCCGCAGCCCCGCCCGAGGGCACGGCGCCUGCUCCACCUCCAGCCUGUACCUGCAGGACCUGAGCGCAGCCGCCUCUGAAUGCAUCGACCCCUCCGUGGUCUUCCCCUACCCCCUCAACGACAGCAGCUCGCCCAAGCCCUGCUCCUCCCCUGACUCCACCGCCUUCUCCCCGUCCUCAGACUCGCUGCUCUCCUCUGCCUCCUCCUCCCCACGGGCCACCCCCGACCCCCUGGCCCACCACGAAGACACACCACCCACCACCAGCAGCGACUCUGAGGAAGAACAAGAAGAUGAGGAGGAAAUUGACGUUGUUUCCGUGGAAAAGAGGCAGCCCCCUUCCAAAAGGUCAGAAUCGGGGUCACCCUCUGCCGGAAGUCACAGCAAACCUCCUCACAGCCCACUGGUCCUCAAGAGAUGCCACGUGUCUACCCAUCAGCACAAUUACGCGGCACCCCCAUCCACUAGGAAGGACUAUCCCCCUGCCAAGAGGGCCAAGUUGGACAGUGGCAGAGUCCUGAAACAGAUCAGCAACAACCGCAAAUGCUCCAGCCCCAGGUCCUCCGACACGGAGGAGAACGACAAGAGGCGGACGCACAACGUGCUGGAGCGCCAGAGGAGAAACGAGCUGAAGCGCAGCUUUUUCGCCCUGCGAGACCAGAUCCCGGAGUUGGAAAACAACGAAAAAGCCCCCAAGGUAGUCAUCCUUAAAAAAGCCACCGCCUACAUCCUGGCCAUCCAAGCAGAGGAGCAAAAGCUCAUUUCAGAAAAGGACGUAUUGCGGAAACGGCGGGAACAGUUGAAACACAAACUUGAACAGCUACGGAACUCCUGUGCGUAAAAGUGGACCUCCUGGAGGGAGGAACUAGAAUCACUUAUGACUUCUCAGUUGUUACUAAGAGAAAGUAAGGAAAAAGGUUCCUUCUGACAAGAAGGCAGAAUUUAUCAUGUCUGAACUCCCCCUCCCCCUCCCCCCCCAAAUGCAUGGUAAAGUGCAACCGCACAACCGUGGCUGGGUCUUAGGACUGAAAGGCGUAGCCAUAAUGUAAACUGCCUCAAAAUGGAACAUUGGGCAUAAAAGAACUUUUUUUAUGCUUGCCAUCUUUUCUCCCCCCCCCUUUAACAAAUUUGUAUUUAAGAAUUGUUUUUUUUAAAAAAAUCUUAAAAUUUCCUUUGUAAAUACGGCCAUCAAAUGUAAAUAACUUUAAUAAAACGUUUAUAAGUAGUUAUACAAGAUUACAAACGUAUGUGUAUUAUAAACCAUAAUUUUUUUAUUUAAAUACAUUUUCCUUUUUAAAAUUGAUUUUUUUUAUUGUUUUUAGAAAAAAAUAAAAUAU